AUGGCACGGAAGGCGAUAGCAAAGGACCAAAUCGUCAAGCUGAUAGUCGGCGCUGGCCAGGCGUCCCCAUCGCCACCCGUCGGCCCGGCGCUCGGUAGCAAGGGAGUUAAGAGUAUGGAUUUUUGCAAGGAGUUCAAUGCGCGCACAGCCCACUACAACCCCGGCACCCCGAUACCUGCUCGCAUCACCGUCCGACCGGAUCGCUCCUUUCACUUCUCUCUUCGCACGCCUCCCACGGCGACCCUCCUCCUUUCCGCUGCUGGUGUUGCGCCCACCAAGAGCAAGAUCCGCGGCGCAGGCAACGUACCAGGGCCGAUGAACAACCAUGAGGGACAAAAGGGCAAGACAAGUACAAACAGUCCUACCAUCGGCAACGCCGUCAUGGGAACUGUGGGCACAGUCAGCCUGAAGCAUGUUUACGAGAUUGCCAAGAUCAAGCACAGCGAGACCAGGCUUUCAGGUCUGAGCCUCGAAGGCAUCGCGAGGAGUGUAGUGGGACAAGCAGGGAGUCUAGGUGUUGUCAUUGUGCCGUAG